AUGGCACCACCAGCACAUGGCAGAGAGAGCCCAGCCAGCAACAAUCAGCCGGUCCGAGUCAUCGACCAGUUCGCAAGUUCUGGUAUACCCCUUGAACUCUCUUUUGAGCUGGCCAGCUUGGUCUUUUGCUGGGCAUCGUGGUCCCUGUUGCGCGUUCUCCUCCGUCUCGGUGCUGAUGUGGGUGAUGUGGGUGAUGUGGGCGGCCGACCCAGACUUGUUCCUGUUACCUACUCUCAGUGGCCUGGGUCACACAGCAUCGUGUUGUACAAGCCAUCACAGCUCACCAAAAAGGAAAAAAAAAGCAUUCUUAUUCGGCAGCAUUAUACUCGCCCUACGAGCAACCGGCCGGCUGAGCAUGUGGCGCCAGCGACGCCGCCGACCACUCUGGAUGCCCAACAGACCAACAAUUCCACCUCAGCAGAUCUCCAGCCCCCCAUGAGCGCCUGGAUGCCACAACCUGGCCUAAACUUACAGGACAGCUCGUCCAAUCAUUCAUCACAGAUUCCUUGCUGCUCUGAGGAGCAUCACCAGUCCACUACAGCUGGGUGGGAUCAUUCUAUAACACCCAGAUCAACCUUGCCUGGCAAGUCUGGCCUCGUCUACCCCGGGCAACUGCCACAAUCACUGGUCAAAGACGGUAGGGCAGCAGAUGUUUCCUGGAAUCCUUCGCAGACAGUGCCUAACGAGACGUUAGGGAGCUGGGGCCAAAAGUCUUACGACCAGUUUGAAUUUUAUCCCUUUGACCCCGACGCCCCCAUCGGUCAGGCGUACACCACCGACGAGAGCAUUCCCAUUAUUGACUUGCGAUUCUCCCAAUCCCGUCAUGAGCUAGGCUCUUCCUACUCUGACCACACGGCAAACCGUCGCCCCGAUUCCUCCAUCGGCAUGUCGACUCCUACCGCUUUCUCCGAUAUGCCAGCCACUUGCGGCGGCGGCGACGAUGGAUCGACUACGCUCUCCGAGGCGCCUACCUUUUCAGACUACGGCACACUAUCCAACCGAACAUCGUUAAUGUCCACGACGCACAUGUCGCCAGUCGGCUCGCCUCGUCUAACGCCCCAGAGCAGACCAGACCAGAUGCGAGCGCAGAGCCGCGGCCGCGCCUCGCCUUCUCCCCGACCCAGCAUGCGCUCCGCGCCGUACAGCACCGAGGGCCUCCGCAACACGACUAGAUGGUCUACCGGAUCCCAGAAUGUUGGACAAGGCCGCCUCCAGUCGCCCUUUGGCUAUGGAUCCAUGCCCGACUCCACCAUGCCUUCGCAGCGAUAUUCGAUGCAGGCACCGACCUCGUCUUCGAUGGCACCGAUGCCCCACAGCAUGGUUUCGGGACCUGGAAGCACUAUGCCCAUGCAACCAUCGUAUGUGCCCUCUAUGCCUAUGGGUGGUUACCGAAACAGCAGUGUGAUGAUGGGUUCGCACAUGGGUCAUCAGCUACCGACCUCGCACGCCAUGCAUCACGACAACAGUCACCACAGCCUGCCGCAACCCCCGACCUUGGCAUCGCAUGGCCUCCUCAAGCUCUUGCAAAACAACAUCGAGUCGCAGUCUUUCCACGGUCACUACGCAGACCUCUCAGCACCCCCCGACCUGUACCCCGCCCUCCAUCAAGAGCCGGCGCCGCCGCCAGCCGAGGACAUGAACCCGUCGGACCCGGACCUGGUCCCGUACGAGCAGGAGCUUCGCUUUGAUGGCGACAUGUACACGCCUAAAUGGGUGCGCGGCCACGGCAACAAGCGCGAGGGCUGGUGCGGCAUCUGCAAACCCGGCCGCUGGCUGGUGCUGAAGAACUCGGCCUACUGGUACGACAAGUCAUUCACACACGGCAUCAGCGCCGCCACGGGCGCGCCAUUCCAGGAGCCUCUGGACAAGAGGCGGAUGGACGGCAACCCAGAUGUUUGGGAGGGACUGUGCGGGAGCUGCAACAAGUGGAUUGCGCUGGUGAGCAGCAAGAAGAAGGGCACGACUUGGUUCCGCCAUGCAUACAAGUGUCACUCUCACGCCAAAAUCAAGGAUACCCCCAAACGGAGAAGAGACCAGGUGCACAACCCGCGCAUGCCCGGCCCUCCUCUAUCCUCCAUGGGGCUCGGCGGCUUACACGAUCACCACCAACGGCCAGGCACGCCGCCGCUGACGUUGCCUCACGGUCUCUCAACCGCGUCGUACGCGAGCAUGGGUGGUGGAGGCAUCAACACAUCCAUCCCGCAGUACAUGCACCCGCAACAGCACCACCCACACCACCAUCAGGCACUUGGCCCAUUGACACCACCCCAGUCUCUGCGAUCCAGCGUCGGCCGCACGCUACUAUCGAGCCCCGCCACAAUGUAUGGCAAUGUGAUAUAG